AGUUGAAAUAAAGAGGUCGCUUAGUGUUUCCGGCGACAAUGGAACCAGCGAAAAUGAAUACAUCAGUCAAAAUGCCUGUUCAAAAUCCAUCUAUAAUACCGCCUUUGAAGUUAGAAACAUCUUCGAACGUUACUAAGCCAGUUGCACAAACUACGGCUUUUAAGCCGCAUCAGACAACUGAAUUGAAUCUGCUUGAUAAGAGAAGACUAUCUGAUCUCGUUCGUCGUGUUGAUCCUAAUGCCCAGUUAGAUGAAGAAGCCGAGGAAGCGCUUCUGCAGAUUGCAGAUGAUUUUAUAGAAAAUGUUGUCACACAUAGUUGCCAGUUGGCCAAACAUCGGAAAUCCAAUUGCUUGGACGUGAAAGAUGUUCUUAUCUACUUAGAAAGAAGCUAUCAUAUGUUUAUUCCAGGAUACAGCGGAGACGACAUAAAAUCAGUUCGCAAAGCUCCAACUGCCGAAGCUCAUAGGCAACGAAUGGCUCUGAUAAAAAAAACUCUUAAAAAAUAUUAA